AUGCAUAUUCUGGGUCCUUUUGGUUUGUUGAUUGUUACAUUGGCGGGUGUUGAUCUGCAAGCGUGGCCUAAUAGUACUUCGUUUCUGGAGGUUUUGAUUCAAGAUGAGGGUUUUGGAGGUAUCUUGAUUUUGUCUUUGCUUUUUUUCUAUGAUUAUUUGGAAGAACAGAUUGAACUGAGAAAUGGGAUCUGUUCAAAAAGUGUAUUGUUGGGUAAUUCAGAAGCAGUAGAACAGGAUGUAGCAGCAUUAGGUGGUGGUGGUGAUGGUGAAAUCGAAAAGGAGUGUUGUGGAGAAGAUGAAGUGUUUGAUGUAAUGACACUGAGAGAAAUGGUGAAGAAGGAAAGGGAGAGAGCCAAUUCUGCCUGUGGGGAGCUCGAGAAGGAACGAAUGGCGGCUGCAUCAGCAGCAAGGGAGGCAAUGGCCAUGAUUCUGCGGCUCCAAAGUGAGAAGAGUAAUCUUGAGAUUGAAGCCAAUCAGCACCGUAUACUGGUAGAGAAGCAUGAAUAUGAUCAAGAUCUGAUUCAAUCAUUGCAUUGGAUUGUGAUGAAGCGUGAAUCCGAGAGGAAAGAAUUGGAAGAUCAAUUGAUGUUGUGUAGGCAGGAAUUGAAACGCCAUUUGAAGGGGAAAGAUGUUGAUCAGUUUGAAGAGGUUGAUGCAGGUACAAGCUUUUUCUCAGUUCUGCCAUUACAGGAUGGAUUUGAUUAA